AAGCAAAGAGACAGGCGGGAGAAAAAAGUGGCUUUUUUGGGACCGUUGGACUGCCGGCGUAAGAACCCAAAAUGAAGUUUUCCGGCGACUCUACGGCACAAAAACCGGUGAAAGACUGCACUGUCUUUGACGGAGAUUCAGUAUCCAGUGCCUCCGGCGGCGGCGGCGGCGAUAACAGGGUGGUUUUGGUUGGAGUUAGGUUGGAUGCUCAAAGUAAAGAGUUAUUGACGUGGGCUUUGGUUAAGGUUGCUAGGUCCGGCGAUCGGGUUGUUGCUCUUCAUAUACUGAGCCCUGGAACUGAAGGACAAUCUACAUUCGUGUCUCUAGUGAAGACUUUUGAUUCUAUGAUGGCUGCCUAUGAAGGUUUCUGUAAUCUAAAACAGGUGGAUCUGAAGCUUAAGGUUUGCAGGGGAGCAUCAGCCCGGAAAGUUUUAGUUCAGGAAGCUAAAUCUUAUGGUGGAGCAAGUUUGAUUCUGGGUGUAUCUAGGGUUCAUCAUAGAAUUAGGUCUCAAUUGUCAGUUGCAAAGUAUUGUGCUAAACAUCUUCCAAAAACAUUUUCUGUUCUUGCUGUGGAUAAUGGAAAAAUUAUGUUUGAACAUGUAGCAGAUGAUUCCAUUGUCCCAUCUUUAAAAGAUGAUGAUUCGAAUAAACAAUCUUCUCGCAAAUUGGGUUGGUCCUUAAGUAAGAAAAGAAAGGAAUCAGAUAAUGAUGGCUUGCCGAACACCAAUUCAACCGAUGAACCGUGCACAAAGGUGAGCAAGGAAAACCCGUUGUCUAUGGUAGUGGUCAAGAACAAACAGAUCUCUGAGUCAACUCACGGUUGGUCAUUUAUUCGGAAGAUGAUUUUGCAAAACAAGAACAAAUCAGAUGAAUCAUCGUCAAAGAAGACUAUAAUACAAAGGGUAUUGAGACUUGCAAGCAAACAGUCAAUGGUAGCCGUUUAUCCUGAUCAGAAGCAGAACAACUCCGACAAGGUUGAACACCAGUGUACGGAUCAUAGUGAGACUAAUGCUAUUUCUCCUUCACAUUGCCAGUUAUCAAAGGAUUUGGAGAUUUUCACAGACAAAUACUCAUCAAUAAUUAAACUAUUUAGCUAUGAAGAACUUUGUUCAGCAACAUCGAACUUCAUGCCUGUGAGCAUAAUUGGAAAAGGCGGUAGCAGCGAGGUUUACAAAGGUCAUCUUCCAGAUGGCCGAGAAAUUGCAGUAAAAGUUUUGAAGUCAUCAGAAGAUGCAUUCAAGCAAUUUGUAUCAGAAAUUGAGAUUAUCAGUUCUUUGCAUCAUAAGAACGUAAUAUCACUUCUUGGAUUCUCUGUGGAUGCCAACAAUCUGCUACUGGUUUAUGAUUUCUUAUCAAGAGGAAGCCUGGAGGAGAAUCUUCAUGGUAAAAAUGUUGAGGAAAGUAACUUUGGUUGGAAGGACAGAUAUAAAGUGGCUUUGAAUGUUGCUCAAGCACUAAAAUAUCUGCACGAUGAAUGUGAUGAAUGUGCCGAUCCUAUUAUUCAUAGGGACGUGAAGUCUUCCAAUAUCCUUCUCUCAGAUAGUUUCGAAGCACAGCUAGCGGAUUUUGGGCUUGCGAUGCAUGCAUCAGAGUCAUUGCAUGAUAUGACGACGGUUGAUGUUGCAGGAACAUUUGGUUAUUUAGCUCCUGAAUAUUUCAUGCAUGGCAAGGUGAACGAUAAAAUCGAUGUAUAUGCAUAUGGAGUUAUUCUCUUAGAGUUGUUAUCGGGUAGGAAGCCAAUUGACAAUGGGAAUCCAAAAGGCCAAGAGAGCUUGGUUAUUUGGGCAAAGCCAAUUGUGAAGGAUGGGAAAGUUUCUGAAUUACUCGACAGAAAGAUAGCUGAUGAUUAUAACGAGGAAGAAGCAGAGAGAAUGGUUUUAGCUGCUUAUCUUUGCACGAGAAGGGCACCUGAAUUACGGCCAAAAAUUAGUAUUGUAUUAGAGCUACUCGAAGGCGAGACAAACACUAUUAUAUGGGCAAGAGAACAGUUUAGAGGUUCGGAAACAGGGGAGUGCGAUUCAAAAGAGAUUCCAGCAAACAUCCAAACGCAUAUAAAUUUGGCACUGAUGGGUUUAGAGGAUGACGAUGAUUCUCCAUACGCCAGCAGUAGUGAACAUAAUAACAAUAAUAUAUCGGUAGAAGAGUAUUUGCAUGGAAGGUGGAGUCGAUCUUCUAGCUUCGAUUAACUGCCUGACAAUUGACAACCGCAGUUGUAUAGUGUUUGUUUGUUUUAACAAUUCUUGGUCGCGUUUCUUCGGAGAGUCUUAGUUUUCGCUGUCUUUGGAAGAGAGGUUCUUCAGAUCUCCUCCUUGGCAUUAGUUUCACGACGACUAAAUCAUUGUACUGUAUGUUAAACUAUUGUUGGCAAGGUAAAUAAAAAAUCCUUGUGGGAAAGCACCUCAUUUGUUUUCCUAUGUUAAUUUUGUGAAUUUUAAAUUGUGGUUAUGUGUUUGAGAAAUGUU